AUGGCCAGGCUUGUGGACAGCUUGCUUCGAGGGAGAGCUCAGGCAUCUGCUCGUCACGAAGCCGCUACCGCGGUGUCGGACAUACGUGCCUUCGUUCACGCUUGGAGACCCGAUGCACCUGCGUCAAAAGAUGAACAGGACAGCACUGAACCAGAAGGGCGAGGUCGAACUCGAAGCCAUGGUAGCGGCGGGAGUGACCCAAGUAUGAACAGACCUUCGGCCGACACCCUCCUCAAGCUUGCGCAGGCCUUGGAAAUGUUUGAAGACGCGGAAGGGUACUUCUCUCGACUGCCGGGUUCUUUCUACGCGACUGGAUGGCAGAAGUUCGGCAUGCCUUCGCUAUCGGCGGAAGACCUCAUCAUGGCUGUCCACAAGGCAUCGAGUCGCCGGAUAGAGGUGUUGAGCAGAACGACAGGGAACGUCGAUCAGAUGGUAGAGGGCUACGAGUGGCAACUAAAGAUCCUCACGGCACGAUCGCCCGCGGGCUUGAGGAUGAGCACCGCUGUACACGCCGCCUCGGUCGGCGAGGAGAGGUUCAAGAAGGGAGAUUGCCGGGGGGCGUCAAGGAUCCUAAGGCUAGCUUUACAAGCCAUAGGAGGUGACGUGGGAUCGGGACCAACGGCCACAGCAUCCGACCCUCAAGCCGCUCAUACUGGCAAACUACGUAGAACGAUCCUGUUCUCUCUCGCUCACUGUUGCAGCAAAAGCGGCGAUCACAACAACGCCAUCAAGUUCAUCAAGCACCUCGAGGAAGGUGGUGGAUGGUGCGCCAAAGGAGGGGGCACCGAUCCGCCUCCGAAGUUUCUCUUCGCCAAGUGCAAGGUUUUGACGGACGCCGGCGAUCUCACAGGGGCUUACACGGCGGCAAAAGCCCUCGUCGCCUUGACCCCUGCACCAAGUGGAAAGCCAACAGCGGGCGUCGGCGAUGGUGAACCUGAAGACGGCCUCGAUCUCGCUGCCGCACGGUUGAUAUCAUCAAGAGACGAUUGCUCCGACCGGAGUCUCGAUCUAUUCGCCGCAAUAGCUUCAAGAUUCGCUGGGACGCCAAAGGCUGUGGACGCGAGGGUAGCUCUUCUCAGCGGGCUUGCCAUGGCCGCGCGGCUACGCUCUGAAGGGGGCGGCGCUGGCUGGUGGAGUCCCGACGGCCAACAUGAGAAGGGUUCCGCAGCUGCGGCGACGGCAGAAAAUGAAGCGGUUGGGCGUGCGGAGAAAACAGCCGACGAUAUGAUUGCCGAGAUCUCCGGGUGCAAUAAUGUAGCCACGUACCAGGUCGAUUCCGCGCUCGAGGUUCUGGUGACGUUCACUGAGUUCUUUCAAGGACGUGAUAAGUGGGAGUCAUGUGCCCGGUGGUGCGGAAGGGCGAUCAACCUCGCGACGGGUGAUUCGAAAGGGUCGACGCCAAAGAGGGUCCCGCACGCGGACAAGGCGUCCCUGCUGCUUGCGAGCCUGUUGACGCUCAGAGGGGAGAUGGAGUGUCGAACAGGCGAUUUCGCCUCGAGCAGCCAAACACUCGACCAAGCCCUGGCACUGUGUCCUACCUAUGGCAGGGCACGUGAGGUCGCCUUCUGGUCGGCAGCGCGUGAUCCGAACCGGGACGAGAGCUCGCUAUCUGCUCGACUUUCGGCGCUCUCGGGUCCUCGAGCGAGGCUCACCCCAGGCGCGCGACGAGAGUAUCUCGCAACAUGCGUGGGGCUUGUCGCUGGAGUUCGAAAAGCGACCCAAGACCCGGACCAACGUGGAGAGAGCGACGCAGGCAACGCGAGGUACGAUAGCCGAGUCACCAUGGUCCAGGAACGCCUCCUUGAGGCCCUUCUGGUCGAAGCCCCCGCCACAACCGACAUGGAAAAGGAAGCGGAACCCACCCAGGCCCAACCAUCGACAUCAUCGACGCCGCACGAGGCUGGAUCAGACAAGGAUGGGCCAGCCGGAUCUGCACCCGUCGGAGGGGCAGGAGAGGAUUGCGGAGGUAUAGCUCCAACCCCGAUGGUAGUUGAAGGCGAAGGCGAUGAGGAUGUGGGCGACGUGCCUGUCGCACGCACAGGAGCCGACGCAACACCGCCUGGAAACCGCUCGGCAGGUUCGAACGGAAAUGGAACAGACCCCGUUCCUACCGCCGUUCAAGUCGUGGCAUCUAUGGUAGAUAGCGCACUCCAGUGGGUUUCCAAGGAAGAGAUAAAAGUUCAUCGCGGCUCUGCAGAGGAUGCGGCCUCGGUUCUCUCAAGGGUUCUCCUUUCCGUCGACAAGACUCUGCGGCGUGCCGGCUCCCUCGGCAUCGGCCCCCUGGAUGAUCCGGACAUUCGAUACCUCUCUCACGGUUGCUGGAAUCUCGCGGUUAGAUGCUGCGGGUCGAAUUGUGACCUACCGUGGGGUGACAAAGUCGGGAGCUCGGCAAGCAAAGAUCAGAUGUCUGUCGACGAAGCCACCCACACAGAGAGAAAGCGGAACGACCUUCUUGUGCUGGCCCCAGCGUUUUUCAAGGCUUCGCGAAACUGGGCAGAAAUUGGUUCGGACGCCAACAUGGAAGACGCGCUCUUGAGAAGGCAGAACUGCGUGGUUCUCAGCAUCGCGGCAACAUUAGAGCUGUAUGACUCCAAACCAGUCGAUGGCGCGCCACUCGCCAACGCCACAACGAGCUCGUCUGAAAGGCGAGACAUGCUCGAACGGUCACGGAAGGAAGUGGAGGUUGCCACCGGCCUCAACCGCCUCCUGAGUGACGUUAAACCAGACAUGGCUACAGAGAUGCGAUCAAUUCUCCUUGUGGCAGAGAUGAGUGUGCUGGGCAGGCUUGGCGACUUUGUGGCAGUGCGCUCGCUUGUAGCCAGCCGAGAACCCGAUUUCCUUCGGUGCUCCACCAACCUCCUGCAGUACUGCUUGCAGGACGAGGCACUGCUUGUCGUCGACGAGUUCACGGCGAAGUCCAGAGACCUUCAGGAAGGCCCAGGAAUGCCGUCCGAGGACGUCGACUAUGUGUCUGCCAAGUGCUACAACCUCGGGCUGCAGCUGUUGGAGAUGAGCCGACCGGGUGAGGCGGAAAGGUUUGUCGGGAAGGCCCUUGGACUCCUCAAGCUAGGCUCCAGCCCGGCAUUCGUGAGGCGCUGGGAAGAAGCCAUUCACAAGGUGUACCGUACUACGCUCCAAGCUAAGGGCGACGCAGCAACUGCCACCAACCCAAUCAUGGCGGGGGGAAGUGGGUCUCAGGCGUCAACCGCCAUAGGCGGGAGAGCGUUCCUGUCCACGGGUCUUUUCCCGAUGCCAUGA